AUGUCACUUAUCACAGCGUAUUUCGUCUUCUUAUGUCUAUACUUGGACAAUGCUUAUGCAGGUAAAAAACACUACGACAGGGAAUCCCGAUAUAUGCCACCAAAUACAUCAAACUAUUGCUACUAUCCAGAAAGGAAGAUUUAUGAUUGGGAACUUACACCGAUAGAAUAUUGUAAAAGACCUUGCGAUGGAAAACCUAAGCUAUGCCACAUAACUUUGUACAUCGAGCAAUUUACUACUUAUGGAGUGGCUUGUCUAGGAUGUCCUGAAAUCAUGGAAAACUGUUUCAAAUAUGGAUGCAUAUCAGCCAAUGGCUAUCCAAGAGCUAUUAUCUCUAUUAAUCGACAAAUGCCAGGACCACAGAUCGAAAUAUGUCAGAAUGACACCUUGGUGGUUGAUGUUGUGAAUAUAAUGCAUGAAAGUACAACAACUAUACAUUGGCAUGGUCUUAGACAAAUGGAUGGGAACCAAUAUUAUGAUGGUGUGCCUUAUAUUACGCAAUGUCCAAUACCACCAGGGAAUAAAUUCAGGUAUAUAUUUAAGGUCACUGAGUGCGGAACAUUUUGGUAUCAUUCCCAUACAGGUAUGCAAAGGCUGGAUGGUUUGUUAGGAGCUUUAAUUGUAAGGUGCAUUUUCGAACCUUUGAAAUAUUUGUAUGAUUUUGAUAAUAUUUCAAUAUUGAUCAUUGAUUGGACUCUUCAUCCUGCUAGAACUCUAGUGUCUGGAUUCACAAUACAUAAGCAAAAUCUUUCACCAGAAACAAUUUUGAUUAAUGGGAGAGCACCUCAUUAUAAUGAAUCCUCUCAAAAGUACUUGCCAGUUACAGUUUUUAAUGUACAACAUGGUAAAAGAUAUCGAAUCAGAAUAAUUGGAACUUGCAGCUAUACAUGUGCUUAUGCAAUUCAGAUUGAAAGUCAUCCUGUGACUAUUAUAACUCUUGAUGGAGGGCAUAAGAUCAAACCAAUCGGCUGUGACACAGUUAUUGUUAAUGCAGGUAAAACUCAUUGAACAAAUAAAAAAACAAUUACCAUAAGUUUAUUUGUUCAAAGCAAUAAUGAUGAAAGUACUGAAAAUGUUGUAUUAUUACUAGGCAAUAGUCUAGCUGUGAUGCUGAAAUCCAAACUAGAUUUUUAAUAGAUAAAAUCAAACUCAUUCAUAUUUUUAUUGGGAUGAUUCUCAAAAAAAAUAUGAUAAAUUGUAUUAAUAUUUAAUAUUCCUUCAAACGGAUGAUUUUUUUUUUUUAUAACAUUCUUCUCAUCCA